CCUGACAGUCUGAGCAUUCACAGGAAACACACACAGGCUCCCCCAGCGCUCAAACACUCACUUACUUAGCUCUCUCUUUCUCUCUCACACACUCCUACAAGGAACACACACAGACACCGGCUGCUCUCACAAAGGACUGGAGGAUGGCUGUGUCCAUGAGAAGAAUGAAUGGGUCCUGGCGAGGGUUGACUCUAGCCCUGGUUCUCUGUGCUCUGUUCCUACACAAUGGAACUCAAGCAGUUGACCCCACUGAUCUCUCUGCUGCACCUGAUACGGUUAUCACAGAUGUCCCCAGCUCUGUUCCAGAAAAUACAUCAGUAUUCGAAGAUGCAUCCUCCAACCCUACAGUCAAAAGUGGAACUCAAGCAGUUGACCCCACUGAUCUCUCUGCUGCACCUGAUACGGUUGUCACAGAUGUCCCCAGCUCUGUUCCAGAAAAUACAUCAGUACUCGAAGAUGCAUCCUCCAACCCUACAGUCAGAAACGACACGGCCACUACCGUCGCCGACGCCACAGCCUACGACACUACUGGGGCCAGUGCUCCUGGAUCAGACCAGGACACUGCCUUCUCCUCCAUGUUGCCAACCAGUGACCUCUUAGCAGGAGGUGAAGCUUCUGGAACCACGGCUGGACCUGGUGUAGACACACAGGGCACUGAAGUAACUGAUGCACUGGUUGUAGCCAAGACACAGGUUCUUGUGAAUCCCAAUGUUGAGUGUGUGGACAAGGAGGCAGUGAAGGAUAAGGAUGCAGUCAAGGUGGAGCUUUCUUCAGAAACCAGCUGUUUGGAGACCAAGAGAAUCUUGGAGGAUUCAGCCUGGUGCGCAGGGGACUGCAACCUUCAAGUGUUCCAGGAAGAGAACUCUAACACAUAUCUUUUGACACGCGCUGAUGGUGGUGUGAAAGAAUUGUCAGAGAGCCUGGUCAGUGAAGGCAUCAAGGACCAGCUGGGUGUGGUGGAGGCAGCUCUUCAGUGGGGAACACACACUCCCAUUGUGCUGGUGUCCCUGAUCAUUACUGGCCUGCUGCUGGCAGCUGCCAUCAUCGGAUGCUACUAUAUGAAGAACUACCGUGGACACAACACCAAGGGCAUGAGGCUGGCUGAGGAGGCGUACCCAGUCGAUGAGGAGAACCACGGAAACACCCUGGUGUCUGUUGCCCCUCUCAACCCCCCUGAGAUCCUGGAGAAGCCUGCGAACGGGGACUCCCAAGAGGCCGCCAAGACCUGUCCCCCUCCCACGAACGGCCACUCCACCACCAAGACGGCAGACACAGAGCUUUGAAGACCCCUUAGAACACCUGGAAAAGAAUGGAUCAGAUCCCACACCCCUCCUCCAACACCAACCCUUUCCCCCCCAGAAGCCCCAUCCUACCACGGACAUUAGGGACUAGAACUACCCCUCUUAACCCUCACAUAAACACUCCUCCAGACUCUCUGUGUGCCCCACUUCGGCUACAUGCCUCAACAAUUAAAAUGGAGGGACAACCCCAUGGUAAAGUAACCAUAAGACUACAAUGAACAGGUGUUGAUGAUAAUGUGAAUGAUGAUGAUGAUGCCGAGGGCUGUGUCCCUGUCCCUGGGUUGCUGACGUCAUACAGGGCUGGAGACUGGGCCAGGGUUAGCACUGGGUGGUGGGGAGGGAGGGUUUUGUGUUGUCAAUCACCAGUGGCUCUAAGACUGCAGCUUGGGUCACAUCAACCAUGUAGUCAUUUUCAAUGCCCAGGAGGGGCCCUGCCUUCACAUGUCAUCAGGUUUAAAGCUUCCUGCCAUAAAUCCUUUAACCAUAAAUUGAAGCACUGCAUCACUACCACUCAAAUUGGUCCUCAGUUGAUCAUAAAAAGGAGAAAAUAACAUAACACAUUCUUGAAUCUGUUUACAAACUUAUCAGAGUGGAAGCUGAGCUAGUUUGGUUAUGUUUGUGUUAUUGUGUUCUGUGUGUGCGUGUGCGUGUAAGGAGUGUUGCUGUGUGUGUAAAAGCAGUGUGUGUUUAUGCUUGUUUUCUGUGUGUACAGGCGGAUGUGUGUUGGCAUGUGAGUGUGUGUGUCUGUGCGAGAAUGUACAUGUGUGUCACCCCAAAAAAAUUUAGAAUACAAUUUAUUCAAAUAAGCAGACAAGGUGAUUGCUUGGGGAGAUAGGUCCCUAGUAGUGACCUGGAGAGGGGUCUUCUUUUGGUGCUUAAUCUCACUGUAUCAAUCUGUAGGAGACGAAGCAGGAAGGAAUUCUCCCCUUCAUUACUGCAAGUUAAACCCACAUAAGCCAAUGGCCUGACAGAAGUUAGAAAAACUAGAUCCACACAGUGUCACAAUGGUGACUGCUGAAAACGAUACCAGACUUAUGUAUGUAAGGUCUGGGACACAGUGUUGUGUAUAUAAAGAGGUCAGAUGUGCCAAUCCUUUAAAAAAAGUCUGUAUUAUUCUCUUUUUAAUACCUUUGUAACAGUAUAUAAUUAGACACUUAAUACAUACAGUAUUGUACGGAACAAUGUUAUAUAAUAUGAUGUUUCUGUUUUGUCUUGUGUUUUUGUGUUUUUUCACACUUGCUUUGUUCUAAGCCAAAGAAAUCCUUUUCACCAGCUUGCCAUGCGGAGAUACUGUAUACUGUAGAGGGAGGAAUAGUGAACAUAUGGAGAAACUACUUGCUGCUUUUUGUGACAUCAAGGUAGUGUUUGGGUCUCUUUUAGUGUGUGUUACACAUCUUGUUAGCCUAGUUGCCCAAAUAUAUGUUGUUCAAAGCUUGGCAAUACUACAUUUUUGCAGAACGGCAUUCUUAACAACCCAGCCCAAUCUAUUGUUAAAGUACACUGUAUACACAGCAGGGUGACUUCUUGUUUACAAAUAUCUACAAGCUGAGAGUCGUUCCGCUGGGUAUGAUGAAGUCAUAUUGCUGACCUUUUAAAUCAGGAACUAAGGGGAAUGUCACAAUUUCCAUUAUACAUAACAUUACAAUACUAUGUUAUUUUUAAUAAAUUCAGCAAAACAGUGA